CCCCAGCAGUGUUAUGAUAAGUAGUUGGUCUGCUUUCUGUCUGUGGCUUUCUACUCCUUGGGUUUCAAUUCCAAACAUGGUUAUCCUACUAGGGGUCUCUCUCUCUCCCUCUCUCUCCCCUCUCCCUCCCUCUCUCUCUCUCUGCUGCCAACUGUAAGCUCUCCAGAGUAAGCAAAUGGCUGAGGGAAAUAGAGAGAAAAUCAAGAGACAGACACAGCAAAACACAGACGGGGAAAAGAAGGGACGAGAGGGAGGGAGAGACGCACAAUGUGAGGAGAAAUCCAUUCCAAUCAUGUUUAUGGUGUAAUAACCGAAGCAGGACAAAGACAAUCUGUAGUCCAGCUGUACGUAAGAGGGCAACAGAGCAACCUUUGACAAUUCAUACUAUUUUUUGCAACGUUUUCUCUGUUUUGACAAUACCUUGAUUGAACUUUUAAGAAAUAGACCAACUCCAAUGACAACUUUUCAGACUCACUGGUAAAGCAACAACAACAACUUGAGGCUUGAGUGAAGGACAAACCUUUUCUUCCAGCUUUGACCUCAGGUAGUGUAGUAAAUUUUGGAAUAUUCUGAGUGUAACAGUUUUUUUGGAACUUAUUGAACAACUAGACAGUUUGGUUUGGAAUAACAGCUUCCCUCCACCAUGAGUGCUGACAACUCCACCCUGUUGGAGACAGUUUUCUACGGCCAUCCACUGUGUGAUGGCUGGACCAACAACACAGAGGGGGCCUUCUACCACCUGGGCAACACCAUCUUGUUCCUGGGGUACAUGGGGGGCAGCAGCGCCUACGGCUCCCUGUUCAUCUUUGGUUUCAUGACGCCUGCCUUCACCUGCCUGGCCCUGUGGGGCUGGAUGACCAUGUGUGGGGUGGACGUGUUCACCUGGAACCUGCUGCUGCUGGUGGCCUGCGUGCUCCAGAUCUGCCACCUCAUAUACAGGCUGCAACAGGAUGGCUUGGCCAACGAGGAGCUGUCGGCCCUCUACUCAGCCGUCUACCUGCCCCUGGAUGUGCCCGUACUGGUGUUCAAAGACAUUGUGGGGGCCUGUGAGAACAAGGUGCUGGCCCUAAGAGUAGAGGAGACAUACGCAGUGGAGGGCAAGACACCCAUCAACCAGCUAUCCUUUCUGCUGUCUGGGAGUAUCACCUAUCCAUGCUUUUCCCCCUCUCCUCUCUUACUAACCUUGUCCUUUCCUGCUCUCCCUGGUAGGAUCCGUGUGUCUCUAGAAGGACAGUUCCUCCAUUACAUCUUCCCACUCCAGUUCCUGGACUCUCCUGAGUGGGAGUCUCUCAGACCCAAUGAAGAGGGGAACUUUCAGGUGACCCUGACGGCGGAGACGGACUGCCGCUACAUCUCGUGGAGCCGGCGCCGCCUUUACAUGCUGCUGUCCAAGGACCGCUACAUCACCCGCCUCUUCUCCGUCAUGCUGGGCAGCGACAUUGCCAACAAGCUCUACUCACUCAAUGAUAAGCUCUUCGCCAAGAGCGGUGUGCGCCUCGACAUCCGCCUGCCCAGUCUCUACCAUGUCCUGGCCCCCUCACCCCCGGGCAGCGAGGGUGAGGUCUGUAGCAGCAGUGGUAGUGCAAGGGACCGGGUAGACCCAGUGGAGCAGCAGGAGGCAGCAGUGGUGGAUGUGGACCCGGUGCCAGCCUACCAGAAGUCAGAGCCUCCAACACCACCGACCCCACGGCUGCAGAUCCAAGAGAAGUCCCCCAACCAAUCAACUGCAAGCCCCCGCCAACCCCAGGGCCCACACCCCCAGCGCCAGCCCUGGCCCUCAGACAUGGAGAUGCUCUCUGGUGAGGACUCCACCAGCCUGGUCCUGGAGGACUUCGCUGAUAUGACCGGGUCCUUAAUGGAUUAUGGGAGUGAGAGGGAUUAUUUGAGGUAGAGGGCAGGUUGUUGGAGCUAACACACUGGGCCACUACUUAAGCUACAUGAGGGGAAACCGCUGGGACUCUACCAAUGCGAUACCAGAGAGGAAGAGCUCCUCUGGCUCCCACGGACACCCCUAAGCUGUGAUAGUUUUACCCAAAGCGCAAACAGUUCCAGGUUGUCUUAAUUACAGUCAUGCUGUGCAGCUUAUAACACUAUCACAAAAUGUUUAUGCAUAUCUAUAGCAUUUUCCUGAGAAAACCAGUGGAACUGCAGGAAAGACAACCUGGGAUAUAACUAUCACCACUGUCCUGGGUGGAAUCAGGCCCACCCAACACCACAUCCCAGUCUCUCACCUAACAUUAUCUCACUCCUGUGAUGUCAUCUACGCGUGACAAUAAAGGAGAGAGUGAGACUCUGGACACUGAACAUAAUUAUGUUAUAAACUGAAUUUAUUAGUUAAUGUCACAGAAAAGAAUGGUAUACUCUUUUUAUUAUGUCACUCACAUCUCCCAUUCAUCUGGAUGGAAAGUCUUUUGAAGUAGAGAUAGGAUUAUGCUAUUAUGAUUCCACAUAAACUAAUCAUGAGUAUUAGAUUUUUUAACAGCCAGGGUUGGGUUGGCUAGCUAGGGGCACGUUAAUCUUGUUUGUUUGUGCAGACAUAAUCUGAGAGAAUAAUGUUUGAGUGAGAGCAUGCUAAAAGGGUUUUCUCUUCAUACAUACAUAUUUUCAAAUCAUGAUUCCAAAUGUAACAGGCACUUCUGCAUUUUGUCUACGUGCUUGUAAACGUGAGAUGCCUCACACAUUGUACAUUUUGUCAGAAAACAUAGAACAGGAGUAUUUUGUUUUUGUUGUUUCCCCCCCCCAAAAUGUGGGCCUACAUAUACAUAAUGUGAUAAACAUGUAUUUUCAUGGGGCCAAUCUUUCUCCGUAAAGGUCUUGGUGAAAAUGCA